CCGUUUAGCAGCCGAAGAGAUUGGCAAGUUGCAGCAUGGCUGCUACGUUCAGGCCUGAGCAUGGGCAAGAUUGACUCUUUUCUAUCGCUUGAAAUGGUCAGUGCGUAUAUCUCACUUUUAUUGCUUAUGAUUCACGAUUUACCCUUGUCGUUUCACUCUGCCAAAGAAUUACGCGGUAGAGCUGAGAUGCUCCCCAGCGGUCCGCGCUGGAAGUCUCAAGUAAUUCGUACAUCGCAUCCUACGAAAUCGCCUGUAAUUCUGUACUGGCGCGACCCUAUUGAAUGUAUCGCCAGCAUCUUCAACCACCCGCUAUUUCAA